AUGUGCUCCCAAAAGGAGAAUUUGGACCUUGAGAGCUUGGUGCAAAAGUUUCAAAAGGAUGAGACAAAGCAUCUGGAGCUUCGCGAACACAGAGGACACAAGGUAAUCCGCAUUACAGUCCGCUGCUUGGGUCAGAACCAGACAGAGGUGAAAAUCCCGUAUUCGAAAAUAGGCUGCAGCCGGGAGCUGGCGCUCACUGAAGCGUUGCGGAUUUGCGAGUCUGGUCAGAAGGAUUGGUCGGAAUUGCAUGCAGGCUUGAGCCUGAAAGAAUUGAAGAAGCUAGCAGAUGAAGAGGCGAGUUUGCCAGUUCACCCUGGCAGGGUCAGCAAGGACAGAUGGGUUAGCUACAUUGUUUUGGGAAGGGUUCGCCAAGAAGCAGAAGCAUUUGUCCAGACAGUGACAGAAGAGGCAGGCAAACAUGAAGAAGACGAGCUUGGUGGCUUUGGAGAUGGAGGACAAAUUUGCAAACUUUUAGAUGAGGCUGAACAUGGGCCCAAUACCAAGAGUACGCCGGUUUCAGGCGAUAUGGGCAAGGACGUCACCGAUUUCUGGCUUGAUACGGGCAGGGUAGAAAAAAGCAAGGUCGAAGCGAAAAAACAAUCUAGUGACAAGUUCCUGGCUACAUCUGAACAUGGCGUGCUCCCUUCCGUCAUACUUGACAAGUACCACAUGAUGAUGGAGGUAGAUGACCAGCCUCUUGCUUUCUUGUUUGGUGAGAAGCGUGCCUUUGGGAGGAAGCCUAGCCAAGUGCACAGGACAAUCUUCAACAAGGUUGUGGUAGGGCCAUGGGAUCUCUUCGAGCAGUACCCCUUGGAAGGAGUGCCUGCUGGCCUCAUCUAUAGCCAAGGAGACAAGGGCAUCAAAAACGAAGCCAUUGCCCAGCUCCUGAAACUUUUCCAGGAACCAGAUUCACGCUUGGUUUUGGCAGAAGUCCUACCACCCGUUCCAGGGAAAGACUUGUACGAUGCUAUCCGAUUCCACUUUGGCAAAGUAAAUGAAGACGGCUUUUCGUGGCACGAGACUGACGACAUUUGUUCGGUGAACGUUGCCACUUCAGGCAAGAAUGCCACUGUGCGAAGCUUCCUGUAUUUGCCAGACAAGAUGGUCGUCGAUUCGACUUUCUUGAAGGAGUUCGCCACUGUAGGUGCGAAAUCUGCCCAGAACCAUUUGCAAGCAUGUGAGACACGGCUUGGACAGGCGUUGCAAGUUGAAUCCGAAAAGGCCGCACAAGGUGAAGCAAAGCGCCAAGCCACCGAGGAACACUUGAACUCUUUGCAGAACGCUUCCCAAAACAUCCGAGGCAAGCUGGAACGUUGUAAGAAGGCAAUGGAGCUGGUUCAUCGGCAUACCUUUAUUCCUGACACUGCAAGCCGAGAAGACACUGAAAACUUUCGCUCUGGAUUGUUGGAGCAAGUGGUGGGUUUCGAUGAAGAUGAUGAGCUGUCAGGCAUGCUGAGAGAUGAGGAGACGGUGACCACAAUUAGCGCUGGGUGCUUGUUUGGCGCAAGGAUGAACAAGCUGCGGGAGGAGCUGAAGAAGGUUGAGAAAAAGAUGUUUGAGCACAAUCAGAAGAUCCAGAGGCAGGAGAAGCGCCAGAAACAGAUAGAGAGCGCCAAAAAAAGGAAAGCGCUGAGGCUUCUUGACGAUGAGGAGCGAGAUGCGGCGCGAAAGAAGUGCAACAAGCGGAGGCGGCACAUUUGGACCAGCAGAAAAGGCGAGGUCCAACAACCAGCCAAGAAGAAAAGAAAGGCUGAGGAAGACUUUUCUGAGAUGCCAGCUUUAAAGAAGAGAAAGAAAGGCUGGACCAUCGAAAAAAAAUAUCAGGUUGUGCAACAUUUCCGGGAGCUCGUGAAGCAGGCCAAGGAGCAGGGAAAGUCCUUCAAGAAAGCUCGCUGCUUAGCAGCCACCAGAAGCCAUUUUGGAGAUGUGCCAAAGUCAUGCAGGAUUCAGCGCUGGGUGAAGGAGGCCAAAACGCAAAAAUGGGAGGAGAUUCCGCAAGAGGAGCGCAGCAAAAUGUAUCAGCUUUCAGAUGCAUGGAAAAAGGCCCGCAAGCUUGGCAACCUUCGCGAGAAUGGCAAUGUGCGCUGGUUUGUUCCGCAGAUUGUCCAGGAUCAGCUAGAUAGGUUCCUUGCCCGGAGCACCAUGGGCAUCUCGAACGUCACAGGCAGGAACGAAGAGGUACUGAUUGAGCAGCUUGCCAGCACAGCGAGCGCAAUGUGCAAGGAAUACAACAUUGGACUGGAGAAGGAGAAGCAGAAAUUGAAUGACUUCAAAGCCGAUCUUCAGCGACAAGUUGCGCGAGACGACCUUUCAGCCACAGCAAGAGCGACAUUCUUUGACAAGUUGAAUUCCGGGAUUGACCGCCGCUUGGUUUUGAACAUAGACCAAGUUUGGCGAGCUGGCCAUGCAGGCACGAAGUAUUGUUUGCGAAAGGGCAGAGAUUCAGUAGGGAAGAAAGGGAAGAAAAAAGGGAGGCCGACAAACAAGGUGCAUCAGCAUGUGGCGCAGGCGCGGAAAUCCAUCACCAUUGUGACGGCUUCCUGGGGCGACAUGACACCAGGACCAAUAGCCUUGCACAUCCCCCAGGGACUCGUGCGUGAAUCGGCUGUGCGGGAAUUCAAUGCCAGCCAUAGAGGAAGGGCAUAUGCCUUGUACUCAGAGACCAAAAGCCACUUCAUGACUUCCCAGACAUUCAGCGAACUGCUUGAAAAUUUGUAUGGUGAUGCAUACAAGCUCCAGCGCGCAAAGCACAAACUGGAUGGAACCAGCCGUGGCAUGUUCUUGACAGACGCGUGGUCGGGUUUCCAUGCAACUUCCUCCGGGGAAGACCUUGCACGGCAAGCGUUUACUGCCCAGUUUGGCGUCGAAAUGCCAUAUCGCAAUCCAGGCCGCUUGCGGUUGCUGGCUUCUUGUGAUGCGUCGUUCCUGGGCUAUGUGGAGGACCUCCGGUGCCGAAAGAAUUUUGAAGACCUCACCAUCCUGCCCAACGGCCAGGCGAAGGUCAAAGUCAACUUUGUCGACCUGCUAUACUCCUCCGUACAAGCGUGGGAGAAGGUCCCCCUGGUGUAUUUCAAGUCUGCCUGGACAGUCUGUGGCUACAUCAACGCUGGUUCUGCGCAGGACCUGCAGGAUCAAGCAACUGCAGCUGCGCUGCAACUGGAUCCGUCAGGAUUCGGCAGGUUGUUGGGUGUGCAGUUGGAUGAGCUUCCACCGGCUCCUCACACAGAGAAGUGGACAUGGUGUGUGCAGAGGCCUACAGGUUGGGAGGGCGUCCCGGGUGAGAUAUCCAUUGCAAUCCAGAAGAAAGCUUCGAUGUUCACUCGAAAACGGGCAGACAUAUUGGCGUCGUUUGCAGACGGGGAGCUUCCGGAGCUUUCAGCGAAGCAGCUGAAAACCUUGACAGAUCAUUUUGAGGAGCCAAUGUUCAUUGUGUUCUUGCGGGCGAAGCAGAAGGUAGCACCCGACAGAUGGGUGACAAAGUUUUGCAAGGUCGCCGAGAAGGAGUUGCAUGUGAGCAACAAGAAGACGAAGGUCAACGUCUUGAAGCUGAUGUUUGUGCCACCAGCCGAUCUACGUGCAAGCGGUGGUGGGCAUUUCACCAUUGAGGGCGAAGGCUUCCCGAAGUCGCGCGUUUGCUGCUUGAAGCAUCUUCAGGCGCCUCCAGAAGCCAACAUGAUGCCGCUUGUGCCUUAUUCAGAUGAUGAGUCACUGAAUGCCGCCAGUGGCAGCAGCGAUGAGGAGGAAGAGCCCGACCAGGUUCAAGCCCCAGCCGGUGCCGAGGUACAGCACCACGAAGAUGCAGUGAGUGAGGGUGGAGGCCAGACAGAAGAAGAGCAAUCAGACCUAGAUCUAGGUUUUGAGGAUGCAGGAUGGGAGAGGGGGCCAGCAAUUUCUGAUGUUUCCAAAGAGAAGAAGUUCCACGUCUCAGAAGAGUACAAGGUGCUUGAAAAGGAGGGUUUCGUGGAGAUGCUGCCCAAUGUAGUGGGCUGUGGUCUUGGAAGGCAUUCAGCAGGCGCGUGGUCCGCGCAUUAUCCGAGUGAGGGAGGUGGGUGCAACUAUGUCUCCAGGAGAUGGGUCACAGAUCUCUUGCUGUUCUUGCCUAAUGCCUUGACAGUCCAAUAA